GUGCUGCGCUCGAGGCGCUGCGGGCAGAUCUCGCGUGAUUUGGUUUCGAGCCCGGGGUGCCCGAGUGGGAGCUGCGCCUGAGGCGCGGAGGCUGCCGGGAGCAAGGUUAGCCCGGGGGGCGGCUGAGGCGGCGUCAGUCGGCAUCUCUACGUUGCUAAGACACUGGACACUGCUUUCUUUAUAGCAAGAAAAAUCUGAAUUCCUCCAACACUCAGGAUGGGGAAAGAUUAUUAUUCUAUCCUGGGAAUUGAAAAAGGGGCUUCUGAAGAGGAUAUCAAAAAGGCUUACAGAAAACAAGCGCUUAAAUGGCAUCCAGAUAAGAACAAAUCUCCCCACGCAGAGGAAAAAUUCAAAGAGAUUGCAGAAGCUUAUGAAGUGCUGAGUGAUCCCAAAAAGAGAGACAUUUAUGAUCAGUUUGGGGAGGAAGGUCUGAAAGGAGGAGCUGGAGGACCUGAUGGACAGGGUGGUACCUUCCGGUACUCCUUCCAUGGUGACCCACAUGCUACAUUUGCAGCUUUCUUUGGUGGCACAAAUCCUUUUGAGAUCUUCUUUGGAAGGAGGAUGCCUGGUGGCAGAGACACUGAAGACAUGGAGGUGGAUGGUGAUCCAUUUGGAUCCUUCACUAGUUUUAGUAUGAAUGGUUUUCCCAGGGAAAGGAAUACAGUUGGUAGCCAAUUACGUCGUAAACAAGAUCCCCCGGUGAUCCAUGAACUUAAAGUGUCAUUGGAAGAGAUCUAUCAUGGCUGCACAAAAAGGAUGAGGAUUUCACGUAAAAGGCUUAACCCAGAUGGUAGAAGUGUCCGAACAGAGGACAAAAUUCUUACUAUUGAGAUAAAAAGAGGAUGGAAAGAAGGCACCAAAAUCACUUUUCCAAAAGAAGGUGAUGAAACACCCAACACAAUUCCAGCUGAUAUUGUUUUUAUCAUUAAAGAUAAACCUCACUCUCACUUCAAGAGAGAUGGAUCAAAUAUUAUCUAUCCUCUUAAGAUCAGCUUAAGGGAGGCUUUGUGUGGCAGCUCUAUCAAUGUGCCAACGAUAGAAGGAAGAACCAUACCCAUGACAGUAAAUGAAGUUGUAAAGCCUGGGAUGAGAAGAAGAAUUAUAGGAUAUGGUUUGCCGUUUCCCAAAAAUCCUGACCAACGUGGAGACUUAAUUAUAGAGUUUGAAGUAAUUUUCCCAGAUAACAUUUCUCCAGCAUCAAAAGAAGUACUUAGGCGAAAUCUUCCAGUUUCAUAAAACGAAGACUUUAUAUGUCAACUGUUUAAAUAGGACACUGGAAAUGCAGAAGACUGGCAAGUCUGUGCUUUAAAAGUGCAAUCUGUAACAACUAGUGGAAUAUUUGUUUUUUUGUUUUUGUGGGAUGGGGGGGGGAAUACUGUAAUGCUGCAUGAGAAGAAAAGGGUUAAGUACAAGUCAUACAGGUGACUUCUGCAGUAAAAUUUACAGGGAAAACCACUUAUUUUAUUUUACAUCUUCCUAAUCAGAAAAGUUUAUUCAUUAUUUUGCCUAAUGUAAAAUGUAGUUGGUUUUUACAAAGUCGGCGCAUAUUUCUGAUACAGUACUUGAGCCUCCAAGUACUUUAUUUCUUAUAUUCCUACCCUAUCUAUAACAUUACCCAUUUAUAAAGAAAUUGGAGAUAGUAGUAGAAAUACACAAAUGUAUAAAUAUUUUAAAGAGCAAAACAUGAAAGAUAUCAUUUUGGUAUGUUGCCUUCUACCGCACAAAGCAUAGGCUGGGAAAAUCAGCUUGGACUCCUGAACUGCCCCCCAGUGGAAUGAAAGCGUUUUCUUUAUUGCCCCAGAAUGCGUGAGGACUGCACUGCAAGGCUAGCAAAGGGCAUGUGGCUUGAGGAGCAAGAGUAGCUAUUUGCUGUGGGACAGUUCCUCAGCCUCAGGCAGAACAGCAAGAAGGGAUUCUACAAGUACAGAAACAGCAAAUGGUCGGCUUGCUGUCGAAUGGGGCAGGGAAGCUAGUGACAAAUGACACGGAGAAGGCUGAGGUACUCAGUGCCUUCUUUGCAUCAGUCUCUACCAGUAAAACAAGCCUUCAGGAAUUCCAGGCCCCUGAGACCAGAGGGAAAGUCUGGAACCUCGGUGGUCGAGGACCAGAUUAGGGUGCACUUAAACUAGAAGGCUGUGAGCCUGACAGGUUGCACCCGUAAGUGUUGAGGGAGCUGGCUAAUGCCAUUGCAAGGCCACUCUUUAUUAUCUUUGAAUGGUCAUGGAGAUUGGGAGAUGUGCCGGUAGACUGGAAAAGAGCAAGCAUCACUCCUAUCUUCAAGAAAAAAUAAGAAGGAAGAUUUGGGGAGCUAUAGGCCAGUCAGCUUCACCUCAAUCCUUGGGAAGGUGAUGGGGAAAAUCCUCCUGGAAAGCAUUUCCAAACACAUGUAGGACAAGAAGGUGAUCAGGAGUAGUCAGCAUAUAUUUACAAAGGAGAUUUACCUCAUUGCCUUCUGCAGUGAGGUGACUAGCUUUGUCGAUGACAAGGGAACAGUCCAUGUUGUUUACCUUGACUUUUGUAGGCAGACUGAUAAAGUACAGGUUAGAUAAGUGGAAGGUGAGGUGGAUUAAAACUGGCCAAACGAGUGGGCACAGGGGGGUGUAAUCAGUGGCACAGAGUCCAGUUGGAGGCAAGUCAGUAGUGGUGUACCCUGUGGCUCAAUACUGGGGCCAGUACUAUUCAACAUCUUCAUUAAUGACCUGGAAUAUGGGAUGGAGUGCGUUUUCAGCAAGUUUGCAAAUCGUAUAAAACUGGGAGGAGUGGCUGCUAACACCAGAUGAUGUACCACCUUUCAAAGGGACCUCUGCAGGCUGGAGAACUGGACAGAGGAUUCUCACAAAGUUCAACAAGGGGGAAUGCAAAGUCUUGCCUCCCUGAGGAGUAACCCAAGGCACUAGUACACACUGGUCGCUGACUAGCUGGAAAGCAGCUUUGCUGAGAAAGACCUUAGGGUCCUGGUGGACAGCAAACUGACUGUGAGCCAGCAAUGCACCCUUGUGGCAACAAAGGCCAAAGCUUUGCUAGCAGGCUGCAGGAGAUGAUCCUUCCUCUCUCUGCUGUCAGCACUGAUGAGGAUGCAUCUGGAGUACUUUGUCCAGUUCUGGGCUCCCCAGUAAAAUAAAGAUACAAACUUACUGGAGCAGAUUUAGCACAGGGCCUUGUAUGAGAGGCUGAGAGAGCUGGAGCUCUUCGGCCUGGGGAAGAAAAGGCUUGGGAAGAUCUUAUCACUGCGUAUAAAUACCUGAUGGGAGGGAAUGAAGAUGGGGGAGCCAGGCUCUUCUCAGUAGCUCUCAGUGACAGGACUAAGAGACAGUGGAUGCAAGUUAAAACACAGGGGAUUCCAUUUGAACACAAGGAAGCACCUUUUUACUGUGAGGGUGAUCAAAUACUAGAACAGGUUGCCCAGAGAGGUUGAGGAGUCGCUAUCCCUGGAGAUAGUCAAAACCUGACUGGACAUGGUCCUGGGCAGCCUGCUGUAGCUGACCAUGCUUGAGCAGGGGUGUUGGAUUACAUGGUCCCAAGAGGUUCCUUCCAACCUAAAUGAUUCUGUGAACUUGGAGUUAGCACCUUCCACUAGACAGUGUUAUGGGCCAUGUUCUGCACAUGAGGCUUAGCCCAAAAAUGAGCAGUACUGAUGUGACGGCUUGAAUCCCUAGGGAGUAGGUCUGUGCUUGAGUGGAAGGAUGCACAAAGAACACUGUAAAAGCAUUUGGCUAGUACAGGUAUUUAAAGAUCAUGCUGAUCUCAAGUAGUCAUUAUUUUCAAAGGCUGAACUUUAUUCCCUUGAAGAAGAAGGAAAAGCCCAGGUCCUAGCUAAAGGAAAGUUUGUUUAAGACACAAGGUGGGAUAGGGGUUGCCCAUAAACUUUCAUAUGCUUGAAUUGAGUCUUUUUUGAAUACAAAUGAGUUGCUUGUCUUUAGAGUUAAAAGGUGCAUAGGGAAAUGGAGAGCCCUCUGUAAUAGUCUAGUUUUAUAAUACAGUGAUAGGGCUGGUUCCCUUGAUUGCGGCAUGAUUUUGGUGAAAGAAAUGCCUUGUGGGCGUGCUUUAUUACUUGAGUUUAAAACCAUAAUACAGUGCUUUAACAAUAUUUUCAAAGGGUUUUUUGGGUUUUUUUUCUUCAUAAGAAAAUACGUAAGAUUUGCUCUCAGCCUUUUGCCUGUGGAAAUUUAGUAGCUACCUGCUCUGUUAGGUACCUUAAGAAAUAGCAAUGUUAUCUUCAUAUAUGUGAUUUUCUGCGGGAAAGUUGGGAUUUAAUUUACAAUAACAUUUUAAUGAGCACAAGGAGAAUCCCAUUUCUGUUACUGAAAGGAAUAGAACUUCUGGGAGAUACUGUUCGAGUUAAUUUUUCAACUGCAGAUCUCUUCACACAAUGUCAGUUAGUUGUAGUCCUAUAUCUACAAGGAACUAAAUUGCUGGAGCAGUAUCACAAAGGGAAAAAAUUUGCUGCUUAGUGCUUAUGCAUAUUGUUAACACUAUAUAUUGUUUGUUCAGAAAAUUCCCAUUUCAGUAUGUUCCGUAUCACAUUUCUUAUGUGGUUUUUAAGUAAAAAGUGUAAAGUUGGUUUUUAACUUUCUUUUAUCUUUUGUUAUGAUGGCAGAUGCUAUAAGCUACAUGACUUUAAAAACGUAUCAUCCUAAAAUACCUGUUUGUCAGUUUAAAAGCUAAUGGAAUUGAGCAUUUUGUAAUCCAGGAUCUUGUAACCAUAGUCCAACUUGUAAAAAAAAAAAAAAAAAAAAAAAAAAAAGUUACAGCAACUAGCACUAUUUUUUGUAACCAUCUUCAGGUAAGAGGAGUAGUGUUAAAUUGAGGAAUUGCAGUAUCUUGUGUAUUUAGAGGUGUAUAUAUAUAUAUAUAUAUAUAUGUAUAGCAAACUAAACUUUUCCAGCUGUUUUCAUGCUCAAAAUACAGAACUGUAGGAGUGGUAUGAAAUGCUUGUAUUUCUUUUCUUAUGGAGAGGUAACAAAGUAUAUGUUUCAGAAAAUAGCAUGUGGAAUUACUUCAAAAUAUGAGAGGGAGCAUUAAUAUCUAUCUAAUCCAGGAUUCACAAAAAAUUAAUAUUUUUCUAAUCAAAAAAUGUGCUUAAAAGCUAUGUUUUAAAAACCAAUUGAUUAUUUAAUAAAGGCUACUUGGGAGAAGGAGGCAAAUACUCAGUCACCUACUAUAUCUCUAACUACUGAAGUACAUGGAAAUAAAAUGGACGUUCAUGAAGUUGGGAUGAGAAGGAUAUUUUCAUCUCCUGAAGGCUGCUUACAUGUCAUAGAAAGUAAAAGUCAUUUGGUUACUUUGGAGGAGUUCAUUCAACAAGUCUAUGAAAACCUCUACUUCUGAAGAACCUUUUUUUAAUCUUCCCAACAUCAAGUUUUAGGAUAACCUCAAGCUGUUGGAAGAGUAGGGCAAGCUACAUUACAACUGUUCACCUUUCUGCCAUGCAGUGGUGCUCUGUGAUUGCUUCAGAGCAGGCUUUCUGAUGUCAUGAGGAUAUUAGUAUUCCACUCUUCCGCUGCGCCUUAUUUGUAUUAUAUAUGCUGAAAAGUUAAUGAAGCUUAUUUGUGGUGUGUUGAACAGAUAUUGUGCUUUUGGGUUGGUUUUGAGUCCUAACCUGUUUACUUUGUUAUGGAAGUAACAGACUCUCUUAGCUGGGGUUGGGUCUCCACUGUUGUUCUUACCACCUUCAUCUUGUAACUUUGUGGGUACUCACUUCCGUUUGCCUUUCAUAGGGUAGAAGCUUUCUCUUCAUUUUCUCUUCAUUUGUAUGUCCUCUUCUAGUAUUCACCCCUAUUUUCAAUAUGACCUUCAGUCCAAACCUCACAAAUGGUGCUGAAGAUGAGCAAUAUGUGUUAUGAUCAGUCAAUGAAAUUAUCAGUGUUCUAAUUCUCAGAUGUGAUAGUUCCAGUAUUUUUAGUAAAUGCUUAACACAGCAUCCAUGUGUGAUUCUCAGAAAUCCGACCAUAGGGAGGAGGCAUCCAUCAGAUUGAUGAAUAGUGCAGUAAAUGAAUCAAGGUCUUGGACUGGUUGUACCUUAAAUGCUAAAGAGCCAAAGCAUGGAUGAAGAAAAGGCCUAUAGCUGGUUUGGUUUUAAAGACCCUGGUUGAGCUGUGCACAGGUGUCAGUGUGCCAUGAAAUUCUUGACCUUGCAUAGUUUUGCUUAGAGACUGGAGGAGACCAUUGUCUUGACUAGAUAAUCUGCUAUUAGUUGUGGAAUUUUUUUUUUUUUUUUUUGGAGGGCCUGUUCCAAAAUAAAUCAGCAGCCUGGAAAGGGAGUUGUAUUUGGCCAAGAAUCAGUUCUACAUCUUGGUAAGUGCCACUAGCCCUAUGCUUGCAUAAACUGAACUUCCCUUAUUAAUGAGUCAUGCUUUGUGUUAAUAAUUUUUUUUUUUGAGACAUACUGGGUGCAGCUGGCACCCAGUUUUUGUUGAGAGAGGGAAACAAUAGUUGUUUCCAAACCUUAUUUUCCUCGGCCUUUAGUUAAGGGUGUAUGAUCCUAGACAUAUUUACAUCUUUUUUUUAUUCUUAGCCUGUAACCUUUGGGUCUUUCAAAAUAUUUUAGUCCUAGAAAAACCCCAAAUCUCUAAGCCCUUAAGAUGCUUUUGCCACUCCUCAGUGACUUGGUCUCACUAUGUGAUGAUGCAGUCUUAAAACGUGAUUCUAGGAACUGUCUAUUUGGGGUGUUACUGAGCUAAAGGAGUGAAGUCUGUAGCCUUUGUAAGGGCUUUGCUCAGUUCAUGGACAAUUGACUGAUUUUAAGAAGUGUUAGGCUGGUUAAUCAUAAUGUCUCUUAUCCUGUUGUGACAGACUGUAUUAUUUAGACAUUUGCCUACUUGAUGAUGACCAGUGUGUCUGGCUGACAGGAUUAUCCAGUAGCAAGUACUUCAUAGAGAGGAGUUUGAGAGAAUGAUGUGCGUCACUGAAUGGUAUCUGUAGUAUCCAAUGGCAGAAAGAGUGGAAUGCACAAUGGAAGGGAAAGAUGCUAAACUUGGAUGACUGUGGAGAAGAACAGAAGUAUGUUUGUGAAGAUCUGGUCGGUCUCGCAUUUGAAAAGCACACCCUGCCAGAUCCAGAGUCACUUCCCUUGACUUCAACAGCAUCAGUCCCAUAGGGAUCCACUUACAGAGCUCCAAGUCAUAGUGGUUAUGGCAGCUCUUGUGCUGACAGAUUCUUCUGGCCCCCUGUGUUUAUAUAGUUGAUGAACCUUCUUAGAAGGUCACUAGAAAACUGACAAACUAAAUGCACUCUAUUCCUUUCUAGCAUGCUCAUCUUAUGUGCUAGUCUGACUCACUGGUAACAUACUUUUGGGGGUAGAAUAGAUUUUACCCCACCAGUGAGAUUUGCUGUGAUUCAGGAUGAAAUUCUGUGCACUUGAAUUCAUAUGCUAGACCUAAAAAAUACGGGACAUGGACAUGCUACUGUAAAUACCAUUAAGAGACAAUUUUCCAGUCAGUAAAUGUUAGUCCUCCUUUGCAUUAAUAGUUCUUACUACGCUGCUUACUGAACAAAUCCUAUAGAACCAGGUUAUUCAAAAUAUGCACUUACUGUUUGGCAUGCAAACUGGGCAAAUGGCAGUACUAAUCUCCUCAUGAAGUACAGAAUCUUAGCUCUUCAUUUGUCAAAUUGCUCAGCAAUGGAAUAUUAGAUGGAAUGAUUUGUUUCAUUCAGGCUCCUCCAAUUAAUUGUUCUAUUAUGUAAAGAGUGAAAGUAGAGGUCUACUGUUGCUCCCCUUGGGUCUAGAAGGUAUAACUGUCCUGCGCUUGUUUUGUUCCCUUGGAAUUACUGGUUUACCCAAGGGAGGAGUUAUACAACAACAAUCUUGUUAGUCAUGCCUGAUUGCUUUAUCGAGGACAAAUUAUCUUCUAACUCCUGCUGCCUUACAUAAUUAAAAAAACAAAAUUUCCCUGAAUGGCAUGCUCCAAAAAAGUGCCUCAACUGCUUGUAUUUAUAUCCAAAGAAAGGUUGAUAAACGGGGUUCAAUGAGAAGCAGCCCUUGCCAAAAAAAGCUGUGGCCAAGUGUAAUAAGGACCUAGAAUCACUUCUGAGAGCAAUCCAGGAAAACCACGUAUUUUUAUUUUCCUCAUAUACCAACAAACUGAUUUUAAAGGUAAUAGGAAGCAGGACAAAAAUCCCUGGGAUCCCCUUCUGCUUCCUAUCAAGUCACAAUUCCAAAAUUGAAGUCAGUGUGCAAAGUAAAAUUUAUUGCUGCUGCAUGGACUUUCAGGGGGUGGUUUUACUGGUUGAUGUUUUUCAUGUGUCAAAGCCACAAUAUGAAUACUUAAUGCAGUAUGGACAAAUUCUCAGAAGAUCAGUAAGUUUUGGUAAUGGAGUUUGGUCCCCCUCUGUCACAGGCACUCCUGUUUGAACUCCUGUCUUAAAAUAGAGGAGGAAAUACAAUCUUACUGAAAGGCUUUGUUUUGUAGUAUCCUCUGAUGGUUUAAAAAAUAGUUUUUGACAUUAUUUAUGAGUAGGAGAUUUCAGGUUUAUUUUUAUCAACAUUCUUUUGUUUAGAUAGUUUAUAUCAAUUUAAUGCUAUCAUAGAUACUUACAAACACCAGCUAUCCUUCUUCUUAGUCUUACAAGAUAAGGUCAUGAAAUAUCUUAAAAGAAGCUCUUCGUUCUCUGGUCAUAGCAGUAAUUCUUUUAAGUAGUUGUUUCAUUUGGAACAUGGAUGACCAGAAAGAUGUAAUAUGCUGCAGGUAAGAACUGCCUAAGUCACAAAUACGUAUAUGUGUGUAUAUAUAUAUAAUGUGUAGUGAAACAAUUUUAUAUACUGAUAGGUUGCAGUAUAGCACUGUGGCAUUUCAUAUCCAGUAAUAUCACUGUUCUAUUCCAUAUGCUUUCUCCACAAACUUUAUGGCUGCUGCAUGCUGCGAUUCUCACUUCCUGAGUACUAUGGCUGAGAAACUGAAGAAUGUGAUAAACUGCAGUGUGCAAUAUACUCAUAGGAUAAAAGAACUGAAACCCAUUUUUCCUUUUUUUUUUCUUUUUUUUAGUACAUGGUUUAUUUUUCCUUCUAAAACCAAGGCUAAUAAUGGGUUAUUAACAUUUUUAUUUAAAUGGUUAACUCUCUGGCAAUGUCACUUACAAAAAGUGAACUUUAAGUAAUUUUUGGAUCCUAACUAUCCUGAAUUGCUGGAGGUUUAUUGGGAUUCAUGAUUUAGUUUUGUUAUGUAUUAAUUAAUGUGGCAGAUACUUCCCUAGUGGGAAGUAGUUCCCUAGUGGGUACACACCCAAGCCUUGAGAGCAGGACUGGUUGUAGUAGAGAAAAUGUCUUGUGUCCAUUUUAGGCUUUUAUUCUUUGAGGUUCUCAGCAGUCUGACUCAUUUCUAGCUCUACAGAUCACUCAGUGAACACUAUGUUAUGCUGAUUAAAUCUAAAUGGUUGAAACUGCUAAUUCAUGAUCACAGCAAUAUUAAUAAAUAGCAUUUACAGCUUAGCAAAAAAUAAGUACAUGUAGCAGUAAUGGACAAGCGAAACUGAGUGUUGAACACUUCUUUACAGUUUCUUGCCAAAGCUGGGGGCUGCUAUGACAAUUUCAUAUAGAUGCUGUUCCAGGUCUGGCUUUUGAGAUUAUUUAGCAUAUGUGCAAUGUUAUCUUCCUCUGAUUUAAAUGACAACAAAAAGGUUUAAUUUCACUUGUUAAAUCAUGUAAAUAAUGAUAGCAUACACAUGCUCCAUACUGUUUGUAUUAAACAGUACGAUAUGAUCUUCAGUUUAUUCGGUAAGCUUUGUUGGUCUCAUCGUUUUUUCUUUCCAUAGUAAAAAGCUGAUGCUGUUGCUCCAAGCUGUAAGUAGGAUCAGCAUAGUUCUUGUACAACUUCAGCUGUCUUUUUCCAUCCAUCUCCAUAUGAAACAUGGAAACAUUAACACUUUCAUUGAAGAAAGUUUUGCAACAGAUAUCUAAAUUAGGGCUAUGUCAAUGUCCAUGAGUUUUUAAAAAUCUGCACAACCUCUGUAUGUCACUAUAUGGAAACUUGACUGUUUCACUCAUAUUAACUAACUUGUCAACAUCAAUAAUGACCAUAAACAGUAUUUACUGUUUUUUAACAUUGAUUCAAUUAUCUUUUCAGAAGGUAAGGAAUAAGUUGGUAGACAUAAAGAUUGGUGUAGACAAGACAUAAAUACUCGUCUAUGUCACCAAUUCCUUUGUAAUACAUUUUAGUAAAUGGAAAGGGCAUGUUUUAAAAGAAAUUGCCCAUUUAAAAUUGCAAAAUGGCAAAACCCCCUAAAUACCAGAAUGAACAUGAACAGUUUGGUACUGUUAUUUAAUGUCUCAUUUCAUUUCACUGCAAUCUCACCCAAUUUAUGCCAACAUGCUGUCUUAAUUGCAUUCCAAUAAUGGGAAAAAGUACACACAGUUCUCCAAGUUCAAAGAAAUCUUCAGUUUAAGUUUUCUGGUUUCAAACUGGACUGGAAAGUCAACUAUUAAAGUGUGAUGGUAAAUUUAA